AUGAGGGAUGACGCGCUUCUGCACCCCUUGCCAGGUCGGCCACCCACAUCCGCGAGUGCGGGCUUCUGGACUUUGCGCCGGCGCCUGCGCUUGCCCCGGCGCCUGCGAGAUUUCGGCAUCCUGCUUGGCCUGACCGCCGGCCUGCUGUACAUGCUGGCCGGCUGGCCCGGGCCGCCCGACGGACGGCAUGCGGCCGAACCACCGAUCGAGGUCGCGCGCGGGGCAAAGUCCCCGCCCGAGCGGCCAUUGGAUCUGGCGCCGGCGGCUCCCCCGAGCCCGGAUCCCGCGCGGCUGGACGUGAUCGCGGCGGCCGCCGACUCGACGCGGCUCGGUCGCUUCCUGCGUAGCUCCACCGGGGGUGGGCACUGGCUGGCCGGCUGGGAGCCCCUGCCGAUGGUGGCCGGCGCUGCCUCGACCGACUCCGACACCGGCCCGUCCUCGGACGAGACUUCUCACGGCCCACGAUCCGCACGUCACUUGGUGCUCGUGGUGCCUUGGCACGACGAAGCGGACCCCGGCCGCCGGGCCGAGUACCUGGCGGCUCUGCGGCGGAAUUUGGCCCUCCUCGAGGCCGGGCCCCUGGGCUUGGACCGGGUGGUCCUGCUGGUGGCGGCCUCGGGCCGGGAGGCCCUUGUCCCAGGGUCGGACGAAUUCGACUUGCCAGCCUCAUCGGAUGCCGUGGCCGCCAUGGACGCUCUGGCAGGGGCCGACCGGGCCCGGGUGGCCAUUCGCCUGGUUCCCUCGGUGGGGUCGGUCCUACAGGCGGCCUCGCGUGCUGGGGUCCGGCAAACGGACUUGACCGACCUCCAAGGCCGGGUCAGCCUAUGGCAUGCACUGCGAACGGCGGAUGCCGCGUGCGCUGCCCUUGGCGACGCGUGCUCGGGGCCUGGACGCCGGUGCCCCCGGCCGGAGUGUGUUCGCAUCCUUGCCAAUGCUGACAUCUCCCUGGACGCCUCGAUCGGUUUGCUGCGCCUUGACCCGUGGCUCGGCCGCUUUGACGGCGAUGCCAACUUGGGUGCCGAUGCAAUGGCCGAAGAUACGCGUGCGGCGGAUUUGCUGCAACGUGCCCGGCGAUCCCGGCGAUCGGUCGAGCAUGUAGCCCCUCCGGGGGGCGGCCCGGCCAGCAAGCGCAUUGCGUAUUUCCUUUCCCGGCAUGAGGCUGUCUCUUCGCCACUUGCGCCGGACAUGUGUGGAGAGGCGUAUGCUGGCAGCCAUGAUGUGGUGGCCUGGAUGCAUGGCCUCGAUGAGCAGGCCGACUAUCGGGUAUAUCGCGACCGGUCUGCCGGGGCUGGGAAAGCUCCGCGUCCCCUGCCAAAGGAGGAUUUGGCCUUGAUUCCUCUCGGAAGCGUUGGCUAUGAGAACCGGCUGAUGUAUGAGUUUUCCGCGUCCGGGCUCUUUAUCCCGAUGAAUCCGUGCUUCAGCAUUCGCAGCUUUCACCACCACCAGUCUGGCCGCCGCGCGUGGCGGGCCCCAAGCACGGACCGGUCCAUCGACAGCCUGCUGUCCGGCUUUCGGGCCAACACCGAUGGCCGGUCGCUCUAUGUCCGGCCGACCUUUCACCAUUUGGAUCCGCGCCUGGCCGCCGGCCGGCCGGCGGAUGUCUGGCGCGACCUGUUUUUGGCGUACGACCGCGAGCAGGUCCGCCCGUAUGUGGACCUGAAGUUGAUCGGGUGGAUUCUCCGGCGCUCGGUGCGUCUGGUCGAUGAUGAGGCCACCGAUCAGGCAGGCAUUGCGGCCGAGGUGGCCGAGUCCGAUGCCGUGGUCGGUGCCCAGCCCGAAACCCUGUGCCGGGUGCCGCUGGCCCUGCGGGACCUGGUUGCUGGCUUCUGCGAUCGCCUGCGCCGGGUGUCCGGCAACAAGCGCAGCCGAUGGGACUGCGACCUACUUCCAUGCGAGGUGAUCGACCCGCGGCAGGCCCUCUCGCAGCGGUUCACGUGCGGUGCGGCGCCACACCAAAUUGUGUGUGAGCGGUGGACUUCGCUGCCGGGUCUCUUUCGGCGGCCGGCCGGCGCGCUGGCCAGUCCCGAAGGCGCCGGCGCCCUGCCGGUGCACUAUGAGGGACGCUUUGCGGCCGAUGCAUCCUUCUUCGAUAAGCUGGCCAAACUGGCCCAAGCCAACAAGGUGCAGCACAUCUUUUCACACAUGGGGGAAAGCCUAUCGGGCCAUCCGGCCGCCUUGCGCGCGGUCUUCCUCCAGACGCUCAGCCCUGAGCCGGAGGAUCGCUUUGGCUUGGCCACAUUGGCCACUCGAGCCGAGCAGUGCACCGACCGGCUGGCCCUGCCGGCUCUGCCGGCGGACCUCCUGCCGCCGGCCAACAUGCCGCCGGUCUUUGGCUGGAGCAUCGGACAUAUGUCGCACUUGUUCCGGGAUCGAAGCUGGCACUAUCUGCGGCACUUGGAUCUUGGCUCCUUCGCUUCGGACCGCACUGCCAGCGAUUUGGCCCUCGAGUGGCGCCAGCGCCCCGGGGGGGUGCUCUUCUUGGCGCACAAUUGUCGUAACGCCUCGUGGCGAGCCCAGAGCGUCCUGGCUCUGGAUCGGGCUCUCCGGCGAGGGUAUUCCCCCGAUGCUCGUGGCGGUGCCUUCGAUCUGGCCCGGGUGGUCCCGGCAUCCGAAGCACCGGGGCGAGUCGAACAGCCCGGGGGCCCCACCACGGCCACUGCCACCGCCACCGCCACCGGUUCCCAGGCGACCGCCUUCGCAGAGACCUCCUCGGUGUCUGGCUCAGUCGAUCGGCCGGGCCGGUGCCUGAAUAACAUGGCCUGGCCGCUGCCAGCCCAGUGUCACCCGGACGCCGUGGUCCUCAGCCCACCGCUGCUGGCGGAGUGCCGGGAAAUCGCCCAAACCGAGCGCGAGGGCGGCCGUGCCGGUAAAAUCGCCCUCAUGCGCCGGUACCGCUUUGUGGUGUCCAUCGAGAACGUACAUGAGUGCGACUAUGUCACGGAGAAGCUGUGGGAUGCCCUGGCUGCUGGAGCCAUUCCGAUUUAUCUCGGCCCGCCGGCCGAUCCGCCGGGUGCCCCGCUGGACCCGGCCCCCUGGCAGUGGUGCCACCUCGGGGCGGCGUUGCGCUUUUCCCCCCGGCCGAUGGGCUGCCUGGAUGACGGGCCCUUGGCGGGGACUGGGGGCUCUGAGACUGAGGACCCGGUCGCGGACUGGGAGUUCUUGAAUGAUCGCUCGACGGUCGGCAUCAACGCGGCCGCGGCCCAGGUUGCCCGGGCCAUUCAUCGGCUGGAGCAUUCGCUGGAUCUGGCGGCGCGCUUCUUCGCCUGGCGGUCGGUGGUCGACGAGACCGCCGCCGGGGCCAAAUUCCGGGCGUUCCUGGCUCGGGUGGCCGCCCUGCAGGCACUCGAUCAGAUUGAGCUGCUACCCAGCCCCGCUGGCGAUCCAGCUCCCGCCGGGCCGAACCCGGGAGGGACAUCUGCCCUUCCCCCUCCGACCGAGGAGGAUUGCCACGUGUGUCGGCGCCUGCUCCAGUUGAACCGCCGGCCGGGCUGA